AAGGCCGCGCUCACCUGAGCGGAGGGCGAGGCCGGCGGGGCCUGGGGCUCUUGCCCCGGGACCCGAGCCAGCGGAGGGCGGCGGAGCGAUACCCUGGCCCCGGCGCGGCGCAGCACGAGCCGCAGCCCCCUGCGCUACUCGGUGGGGCUCCGCACUCCGCUGGCCGGGUCUUCCGUUUUCCGAAACCCUGUGGGUGGGCACCGGGCGCGCCGGGCAGAAGUGGGCGUGCACCUGCUUCUCACCUGUCCCAGGUGUGCUGGGCGGAGCCCGCGGAGCGCACCCUUCCUCUUCCUGCGCAGGGCGCGGCGGCGGUGCGGGCGCCAUGAAUAAUCCCAUACCUUCCAAUUUGAAAUCAGAAGCAAAGAAGGCUGCUAAAAUACUAAGAGAAUUCACAGAAAUAACUUCCAGAAAUGGACCUGAUAAGAUCAUUCCUGCCCAUGUGAUUGCCAAGGCCAAAGGCCUCGCCGUUCUGUCCGUGGUGAAAGCUGGGUUCCUGGUGACGGCCAGAGGAGGCAGCGGGAUUGUCCUGGCACGCCGCCCAGAUGGAUCCUGGUCUGCACCUUCAGCCAUCGGGAUAGCUGGGCUCGGUGGGGGAUUUGAAAUAGGAAUAGAGGUCUCAGACUUGGUGAUCAUCCUGAACUAUGACAGAGCAGUGGAAGCGUUUGCGAAGGGCGGGAACCUGACGCUCGGAGGGAACCUCACCGUGGCGGUGGGGCCCUUGGGAAGGAACCUGGAGGGGAACGUGGCCCUGAGGAGCUCCGCGGCCGUCUUCACCUACUGCAAGUCCCGGGGGCUCUUUGCCGGCAUCUCCUUGGAAGGCAGCUGUUUGAUUGAAAGGAAAGAAACCAAUCGAAAGUUUUAUUGUCAAGACAUCCGCGCCUAUGACAUUCUGUUUGGAGAGCUGCCGCGGCCCGCCCAGGCGGAGGAUCUUUACGAGAUCCUCGACACCUUCACCGAGAAGUACGAGAGUGCCGGGCAGCGCGCCAACGCCAGGAGGGACGCGCGCCAGCAGCACAAGGCCUCGGCUAAAGAUUUACCUCCAACACCAGCAUCAAGACCCCAGCGGUCGUCUGCACCAGGCCAGCUGGACCCGGACUCGCAAAGCAACAGAAAUGGAUACAAGCUCUAUCCUGAACUUUCCAGCUAUCAGGAGAGAGUUGGCAAUUUGCCUCAACCAGUAGAAGUGACGGCACUAUACUCCUUUGAAGGACAACAGCCAGGGGACUUGAACUUUCAAGCUGGGGACAGAAUCACAGUCAUAUCAAAAACAGAUUCACAUUUUGAUUGGUGGGAAGGAAAACUCCGAGGCCAAACUGGCAUUUUUCCAGCCAACUAUGUCACCAUGAACUAAGCUUAACUUACUUGCUUUUCUGAGAAUUACAAUCAUUUUCUACCUUGACAUGACAUAUUCUCUACCUAAGCAAUAUUUGCUGUAAGCUUUAAAAAUGCUUCUGCAUACUUUUAAUCUAAUAUGUAAAAGUUUUUUCUAUAUAUUAAGAUUUAACUUUUUACCUAUCUUUAAAUACUUUAUACUAAUUUUAUCAUAUUUACUAUUUAAUGGUUAAUAUCCUGCAGUUUAUAUGAUGAUGGUUCUUUUGUGUUAAUUGUUAAAUACUAAACAUUGGAUAUGGUAACUGGUUAUUUUAAUUUGAAUUCUUGUGUUUAGAGCCACAAAUGUCAAUUUAUUUCUGUUUACAAAGUGAAUACAGAGAAAGAAGUCAGCUUGAAUUAGAGUAUUAAGAAAGACUUGGCCUUGCAGAUUUAACUAGCAUGAAUCCUUAAAACCGCACCUUCAAAAACUGCUGUAUACAUUUGUAGUAAGAACAUGAUUUCAGAGAAGUUCAACCUCUGUGUGUCAGGAAAAGAUGACGUCUGUGGAUGUUUCCUCCUCGUGGGGCUGCAUUUGCUCAUUUCUGUCUGUAGAAUCAAUUUGUGAUGUGAAUGAGUUGUCCCAGAACAAAUAAAAAAGAUUUUAAAAUUCUUGCAAAGUUAA